UGAACAAAGAAGCCUGUUCUUCCCUUUCUCGGGGGAGGGGCAUGGCGGGGUCGUCAAAGGGAGCAGGGGGCCCUUGUUUGGGCGGCUUGCCUUGACGUGGGAGGAAAGGCUGCACCACCAUGCCUGGAUCUCUUCCUGUUAAUGCUGAAGCCUGUUGGCCGAAGGAUGUGGGGAUAGUUGCUUUGGAGAUCUAUUUUCCUUCCCAAUAUGUUGACCAGGCAGAGUUAGAGAAGUUUGAUGGCGUGGAUGCAGGGAAAUACACCAUUGGCUUGGGCCAGUCCAAGAUGGGCUUCUGCUCAGAUAGAGAGGAUAUCAAUUCACUUUGCCUCACUGCAGUACAGAAGCUUAUGGAGAGGAACAAUCUCUCCUACAACUGCAUUGGGAGGCUUGAAGUUGGAACAGAGACAAUCAUUGACAAAUCCAAAUCUGUAAAGACUGUCCUGAUGCAGCUGUUUGAAGAAUCUGGCAACACAGAUGUGGAAGGCAUUGACACAACCAAUGCAUGCUACGGUGGUACUGCUGCACUCUUCAAUGCCAUCAACUGGGUGGAAUCUAGUUCCUGGGAUGGGCGUUAUGCACUCGUUGUUGCUGGAGACAUAGCAGUGUAUGCAACUGGGAAUGCCAGGCCAACUGGAGGAGCUGGUGCAGUUGCUAUGCUCGUGGGACCAAAUGCACCUCUUAUUUUUGAGAGAGGAUUGCGGGGGACUCACAUGCAACAUGCCUAUGAUUUCUAUAAACCUGAUAUGGUAUCUGAGUAUCCUGUGGUUGAUGGGAAACUGUCCAUAGAAUGCUACCUCAGUGCAUUAGAUCGCUGCUACACUGUAUAUCGCAAGAAAAUCCAUGCUCAGUGGCAGAAAGAGGGAAUUGACAAAGACUUCACCCUGAAUGAUUUUGGUUUCAUGAUUUUUCACUCUCCAUACUGCAAACUUGUACAGAAAUCUGUAGCUCGUCUGUUGCUGAAUGACUUUCUGAAUGACCAGACACCCACAAAAGAAAAUGGCAUCUACAGUGGCCUGGAAGCAUUUAGAGAUGUUAAACUAGAAGACACCUACUUUGAUCGAGAUGUGGAGAAAGCUUUUAUGAAGGCCAGUGCUGAGCUUUUCAACCAAAAAACCAAAGCUUCCUUGCUUGUAUCUAAUCAGAAUGGAAAUAUGUACACACCUUCAGUCUAUGGCUGCCUUGCUUCUCUCCUAGCGCAGUUUUCCCCUCAGCAACUGGCAGGGCAGAGGAUUGGGAUUUUCUCUUAUGGCUCUGGGUUUGCUGCUACCCUCUACUCCAUCAAGGUUAGCCAGGAUGCAACCCCUGGCUCUUCUCUGGAUAAAAUUACAGCUAGCCUCUCUGAUCUAAAAGCAAGGCUCGAUUCAAGGAAAUGUAUCUCACCAGAGGUGUUUGCAGAAAACAUGAUGCUUAGACAAGAGACUCAUCACUUAGCCAACUAUAUUCCACAAUGUUCAGUGGAUGAUCUCUAUGAGGGAGCAUGGUACUUGGUGCGAGUGGAUGAAAAACACAGAAGAACGUACGCUCGUCGCCCUGUGCUGGGUGAUGGUCCUUUGGAAGCAGGGGUGGAAGUUGUUCAUCUGGGCCUUGCUCAUGAACAUAUCCCUAGCCCUGCCAAGAAAGUACCAAGAAUUCCUGCAAAAACAGACUCUGAAGCCGUUGCUGUUUCCCUUUCCAAUGGGGAGCAUUAAGACACCUCUGUGAGGUGGGAGUUGAAAAGGAUUAGGGAGGGAUGGGGAUGUACACGGGAUUAACUGUUACUACCCAUGUUCUGCUGUACAGUACUGCUUAGUUGGAGCAUGAAAAACUGUUAAUCUUGAGGCUCUGUCUUUUGAUGCAGUUUCUUGACAUAAUGUAGUUUCCUAACACUAAAAGUUUGCUAGCUUCUUGGAACAGAAAUGACCAAGGGCUCUUUAUGAGAAAUGGCUGUUUAAAAAAAAGCAUAUGAUUCAAGAAUAGUACUUUCAUUUACAGAAUGAUGGUCAUAUUAUUCUGUUGCAGCAAAAACCAACAGUCUUUUGGCAUCUUAAAUGUAAGUCUGCAGCAGCUUUUGCUAUAAUGAAUGUUAUUUAAUCUUUAAGCUGCCACAAGACUCUUUGCGGUUUUUAAUUUAAGCUUGGGAAGACUUCAGUUACGCUUGUCCUGCUCUAUUUUAACAAAUUGGUAUCCAGAAGUGGAAGUGAGAUUUCUUUUUAAAGCCAUUACUGAGAGAAAUUAUUGUGACCUAAAGCCAUUUUUGAAUCAAUUUAUCUUAAAUGUUAGGGUCCUGUGUGCCUUAACAGUAUAGCACCCAGUCUCUUAAACACAAGCCUUGUUCUACCACUCAAAACAUGCCAUGUAUUUGAAAAGGGGUGUAAUUGGCUUGUUUUUCAAGGUGCUAUUAAUUGGAGAAAGUUUUUCCCCAAUAGCCAUUAUUAGUUCAAACCCAUCCAGAAAGGUGGUCCAUGACUAUCAAUCUGGUUUCCAAUUGUAUGCUUAUACCUUUUAAAAUCCUUUCUCCCCCACCCUCCUUCACAAACCAUUUUGCAAAGCUAAGAAGUGCAUGCAUUUGGGGGUGAACAGUUCUGCCCCACCUCACCCUCGGCUGCUCAUGGUGAUUGCUUUGCUUCUUAGAAAUAGUUAGGAAAUUAAUUUCUUUUGAACCUCUUGCAUGUAAUCUUUUAUAAAGGUUACUUAAGAGCAGGCUUUGCUAUACUCAGCUUCUACAUAAUGCAAAGAGCUUGUCAAAAACUCAGUCCCAGAGCUAUGAUUUGAUCCUGAACAUUUUGCUCCUCAAACUUCUUUUAGGUGUGUAAUGGGAUUGUUCUGCAACAGUAACUCUGGCUCUGAAGUCAUGUAUAGGCAGCUUCUUAUUUCGAGAUUAUUUAAAACUCCACUUUCUCUUCUGUAGGACUACUCAAAGGCUUCAAUCCUCACAGCACUUACCAUAGAAUAGACAUGCACAACUUGUGACCCAUCAAGUUGAAUAUAGGCCACUAGCUAUGUACAGUGGCUUGGUAGGUGCUUGAUAAAAUAACCUGUGCUGGCUGCCUGCUAGAGAUUGCAAAAAUUUGUUUUGUUGAGCAUUGGCUGGACAUAAUACAUGGUUGUGGAACGCCUUUGGCUCACAAGUUGUUCUGCUCUAGAAUGGUCCCAUUUGCUGUCAUAGACAUCCUUUAGUGUAAGUGCUUUGGUCGUUGCAAGUAAGUCGGGUGGGCUUGAAUGAACUGGAACUAAAGGGAAAGACCGCUCCUGCCUUGUAAAAUACAUUGUAUUUUCACUAAACUUACACAA